AUGGCCAAACGUUGUUGUGAUUUGGCUGAUCGGACGAUGAUACUAGCGAUCAAUCGUUUACAUGGCGUCGUGAUCACUGCGAGAGGUUCAGCUAUGAAGAUGACUGCAAUCAGUUUCUCCUUCAUUUGCAACCCAAAAUUUACCAAUUUGUAUGUGGUGCCGUAUGCUUCAGGGAUUGAGCUGAAUUCUUCUUGUGAGAGAUCCAAUAGCGGCAACCCGUCUUCCAGAUGGGGAAGCAUUUGCGAAGCAAAAGCGCACAGCUCCAUUUGGAGAACCAUCAGCAGGGAUGCAUGUGGAGUAUGCUUCAGAGUCUCAAAUACCAUCAGUGGAAUUACGUCAAGAAGAGGCUUCCGCACUUCAGGCAAGGAGGCGGAAGGUAAUGGAACAACUGAGAAUGCCCAUCAUACUGACAUAUCACCGGAGCACACCAAUGCUGAUGGCGAAAGCUUGCAGGUUGACCAGAAGAAGAGAGAAGCAACCAAGAUCUCCGUGAAAGCCCGGAUAAAAGCGCUGAUCUCGGAAGAGAAGUCCAGAGGGAAGGGCCAGCACCGCAGGAGCUCCACCUCUCCGGCGCACUUGCAGUCGAUUGAAGCCAGUUCCACACUUCACCCAGGCUCAGGCUCCCGUCAUCACGGGUCUUCACAUGAUCACUUUGACAUGCAUGCAACGCCCCUGAUACAGAAAGGCGAACUUAGCCAGGGAAAAUCGGAAAACUCAGAGCAAACUCUGCCACAGGAUGAUGUGUUUCUUGAAAGGUCUAAUGCCACAUACGGUCUUGAUCAUCGAGCAUUUGAUGGUACGGAUGGUUCUGAUUGCCGAUCGGGCAUUGUUCCUGAUCCUCUGGAUAGAAUUGACCUCGACAAGGAGUUAGUUCUCAAGGUUUUACAGGACAAGGGAUCUUUUUCGGCUCAACACUUUGAUGGUCGAAAAGCAGUUAGAAUGAAAAUGGGGUUGCGGAGGUUCGAAACUUCCCCAGUAUCGAGCCAAUCAGGCGAAGAAGUCUUCGCACCGAGCACAUCUAGAAACAGAGAGGAAGAAGAAUAUAGCAAAAGCAAGGUAGGUAGCCCGGGUCAAGACACACGUUUGGUUGAAUCCGAUGCUUCUGUGGCUGUCCCGGUCCUGUUUCUAAAGAAGCAAGGCAAGAAUCAAGUCGUCAGUAGGCACUUCAAGAAUCUGAAAAAGAAACUUAAACAUGUGAUGAAAGCAAGCCGGAAGGAAAAGCAUCGGAUAGCCAUGGACGGGAUCCUUGAUAAGAUUCCUCGAGACCAUGAGCGUUCGAUGGAAAUAAAGAAGGAUGUGAUACGAAAGUGGAAGGACGUGGCCUUGGAGAGAGAUUAUAGUAGCCCUCCAAGACAAGGCAAUCUGCGUGGUAUGAAGAGGACACCGUCCCUUGAUGCGUCACUGGAUAAGUAUUGUCAGCUGUUCGAGUCAAGUUUCAAUAGAGAGGCCAAGCACAGCGGUACCAGGACAUCUAGAGUUGCAGGACAAGAGAAGAAUUGGCCUCGUGAGGUGUCUGGGAGAGCGCUGUUGCGCAUAAGUUCCUUACCAGAACUCAAAUCUUCCUCUUUUAGGACUGAAAACUCCUCGGUGUCCAUCCUCACCGGGACUCCAUCUAGGACUCUCACGGACACUAAUGUGAGCAGAGGAAGUAGCUUUGAUGCGGCGAGCAAUCAGAACUUUAGGUUCUCUUUUGAGAAAUUAGAUGCGCAUGUAGAAAAUGAAGUCAAUGACGAGAAGGUAGAUCAUAGUGAAGCAUCUUCGGUCAGUGAAGAGGAGGUACAAUCAAUGUCGGUUGCUAGUUCUCAAGAUAUAUGUGACUCGACAGCAGGAGAAAGUACAUCUGUCGACGAGGAUGUUAUUGAGCUGACCUCGGUGCCCUCCAUUAAAGUAGAAGAUACAGAGUCCAAUCGAAGAAGCCUCGUAUUCGAUGGAGUGGAGUCCGAUGCUUCAGCCAUUUACUGUGAUAAAACCAGCACAAAUGACACGCCGCUAGGGGUAGACAAUGAAGUUGAUCUUGAAAAUGCGGAAAUCUCAAGUUAUCAACUGGACAAGGACUUAAUGUAUGUCCCUGUGGAUUUGAAAGACAUUGAGCUGUUCAAUUAUGUCAAAGAUGUCCUAGAGCUCUCUAAAUUUGGCGGCAACGAAUCCCUGCGAAGAUGGCAUUCCGGAGACCAACCGGUCGACCCUUUGAUUUAUGAUGAAGUCGAGGCUUGUUUGAUGCCCAACCUUGAGUCUCUACAGAACAUCGAAGGCGAUCACUGGAAUCACUUAAUUUUGUUCGAUCUCAUCAAUGAGGUGUUGGUCGAUAUCUAUCAGAAAUCAUUCGGGUACUACCCAAGGCCUCUGUCUUCUCUCUGUCGCGUGCAUCCAAUGCCAGAAGGGUUCUGCGUCCUCGAGGAGGUGUGGGCAAGCAUAAGCUUUUAUACAAGCCUAAGGCCUGAGCUCGAUCCGGCAAUGGACUAUGUGAUUACCAGAGAGCUAGAUAGGCAUGACGGGUGGAUGAACUUACGGUUCGAUAGCGAGUGCGUGGGACUCGAGCUGGAGGACUUGAUACUGGAUGAUCUUUUGGAGGAAUUGAUCUGCACUUGA